AACGCAUUGGUAGAAGGGCUUUUCCGCUCACGUGUGUUCUCUAACUCCCAUUCCAGGAAUUUCAGACUUGCUUCAAUCAAAGUUGUAGUUCUAGAGACUCUACCGUAAUCAAUAGAAUUUAUAAGCGCUAGACUAGACAAAAAUUUGUUAAACUAAAACAGUAACACAAGUACUUAAUAAUAAACAAAGUCAUCGGAUUAUUGUAAUGAUGUCAGUGAGAGAUUGAGGUUAGUUAUUCUGUCAAUAAUACAAGUAUAUCAGUAACAACAAUUACUUGAAUUUUAAAUGACUACAACAAAUGUAAGGGCUAAAAAAUAAUCAUUUUAAAUAAUUAUAAAAAGAGAUGAGUAAAAAUAACAUAAAAAUGACUAUUUGGAAUAAAUUACGAAAUUCAUCCGGCUGGCGAAGUGGUGCUAAACAAAUGUCAAUUGAUGCAAUGAUACCAAUAAUUGCCGUUCCGGCAAUAACCAUUGUUGCUGCUCAAACUGUUUAUUUUACAGUGAUAACAUUUAUAACAACGCCAGUUAUUAUUUAUCACUUGGAUCACAACUUUCUGAGAUUUUUACCCAGGUCGAAAUUUUUUUUCAUGUGGACGAUCACCAGUGUCGUAAUGAUGUUGCUAGUUUUUGAAACGUGUGUUGUACCUCUAUUAGAAAUUUUACCAGAGGAGAAUUUAGUUUUUGUAGCCGGAGUUAUUGGAGGCUUUUUUUGUGGACACAAAACCAAGACAAAAGCCGAUUGUUUGGCUCAGGACGGAGCAGUAUUAGCGGUGGCUCAAGAAUUGGAGUUAGAAAAAGGUAUCAAUGGUGCUGAGGGUGAUGAAUUUUGCGUAACGUGUCGCAAAAAAGCACCACCACGUGCAUAUCAUUGUCGACUCUGCCAAACUUGUGUGCUAGGCAGAGAAUAUCAUUGCAAAUGGCUAAAUUGUUGCAUCGGAGCCAAUAAUUUAAAAUGGUACCUUGGAUGUUUAUUUUGUUCAACAUUGGCCUUUAUAUAUGGGUCUAAUCUCACGAUGACAAGUGUGUGUCAUCCUUUUAUUCUCAUUGGAACUCUUUUGCUGCCCGAUGAUUGCAGCGAUGUCUAUCAUCAACUAGACCUCGCACUCUGUUUUGUAUCUGCUGUCUACAGCCUGAUUGUCGGAUUAAUAGUUUUCAGUUAUUUAAUAUACCAUUUAUGGCUGAUAUAUUUGGGCACAACAGCAAACGAACGAAGACGUCUCACCUCAGCUGAUAGCCACUCAACAAAUUAUAGAUUACUCACAAGUAUUGCGCAACUAGUCUGUUAAUUAAUAGGAUUAAAAAUGCGGUUGUUAAUUACUUCUGCCGUUAAUGUUAAUUUAAGUAUUUUUGUAUUUUAUUGUGAUUAAAGUAUUUUACUUUUACUGUGAA